CAUCCUUUGCCCAGUAUAUGUUCGCUAAUUAGACAGGGAACCUUAUUCUUUUCCAAAAAUUUAUUACCCGAUAUUAUAGAUUCCGCACACUGUUUCUCCAAAAAUAUCGCUUUCUUUACGAAUUUCAUGGGUAAUUUGGUGCAGGAUGAUAGUUCACUUAGUUUGGAACUCAACAUCAAUCCGCUAGUGCAUUACAAAGAAUCGUCGGGAGGACGCGGCAGUUUGAUACAUGAGUUGAAUCGGAUGAGUACAGAUAACAAGAAGCUAAAAGAAAUGCUGAUAGAAAUAGCAAAGAAACUCAACACAAUGCAGAAUCAUCUAACAGAAUUCAUAAGCGAAAACCAAGCAAAUUUGAGUUCUACUACAACGACGUCAAAAAAGAGGAAGGCUAAUGGUCAAGAAGUUAAGGAUAACACUGAUUGUAUACCAAGUAGUACAAGUAACAGUGUAAUUAUCAGUAAUUCCAUGGAAAACAGCUCGAUGAGUGGCGAUGAAAAUUCCUGGAAAAAACCAAGAGAAUAUCUCAGGAGUACAAAGAUUUUAAGAACAUAUUCACGACUCGAUCCAUCAGAUACAAGUCUGCAAGUGAAAGACGGAUAUCAAUGGAGGAAAUACGGUCAAAAGGUUACUAAAGAUAACCCAUCUCCAAGAGCUUACUUCAGGUGCUCCUUGGCCCCGUCUUGUCCUGUAAAAAAGAAGGUACAAAGGAGUUUCGAAGAUAAAUCAGUCCUAGUAGCUACAUAUGAGGGCGAGCACAAUCACUCGUUACAUCCAAAUGUUACACUACUAGAUUUGACCCGAACUGGACUUUGUGACGAUGUGAAGCAAUGCAACUUAAAGACUGAUCAGUAUGGAAUGCAGCGGUUUUUGAUUGAGAAAAUGGCAUCUUCUUUAGCACAAGAUCCUAUCUUCAAAGCAUCACUUGCCUCGGCCAUUUCAGGAAGGGUUCACGAUUAAUAGUCUCUUGAUUAACAGUCUCUUGUGGCAUCUCUUCUUUCAUAACUACCGAGAGAAAAAAACUUUCUUUUUGAAUGAAUGUUAGUCUUUCCACUU